AUGGGCUGCAACGAUAGUCAGAUGGAAGAACAUAAUAUAAUUAUUACCAACCCACCUACAAAGUCCUAUAAAAUCAUAAUAAUAGGUAACAAAGCUGUAGGGAAGACAUCAAUUAUUAAUAGAAUUAUGUGGAAUACUUAUGAUAGCAAGAUUCAGCCAAGCUACUCUAAUGCAUGCAGCUAUAAGCGUGUUUCUCUCACUCCUCCGCUCUCUCUAUGAGUAAAUAAAACCAUUGGAAAAAUUGCAUUUUAAAUCAUAAAUUUUACAAAAAAUUAUUUUUUUUCUUUUGAUUAUUUUUAAUUUCGAAAAAAAUAUUUUAAAUUUAAAUAAUUUUUUUUUUAAAAACAAAAUUAAUUGCUCUUGAUUAAACAAUUUUUUUUCUUCGCUUAUGGAGAGAGUCAGCACAGGCGAAUCGCUAAAUUUAGACAUUUGAGACAUAACUAAAGACGCUGAUUUUAAAAUUCACUUAUCAAAUGCAAAAUUUGGAAUAUUAGUUAUUGAUACUACAAGCGAAGAAUCAAUUACAAACUCAGUCCAUUGAGCUGAUGAAUUAGCACAAAAUCAAGUAAAAUUUUGCAUUGCAGCGAAUAAAGUUGACAAAUUUAACAAAAAUUUAGUUAAAGAAAUUCGAAGUAUAGCUAAUGAUUACAAGUGCCUAAUGAUAGAAUCCAGUGCCAAAACUGGAUAUGGCAUCAAUACAAUACUUGACAUAAUAGUCCUAAAUUUGCUUAAUUCAAGGCUUCUAUAA